GUCAGUCACUUGUUUCCUCGUUUUUAUAACCGAAACGGCUCGCACACGUCCACCCACAGGACGCAUCUAUGCAGGAGGCCCCUGCCCUUUUUCCAACUGUCAGUUCGGAUGACCCAAAACUACAAAAAUGUACAUGUCGAGGACAUAUCUCGUCAUUAAUCAUGGAAGUAAAUGAUAUUGCCUAUCACCCAAACAUUUGUUAUAGAGAUUAUGUGAUGUGUGAUGUAGAGGUUUGAGGAGCCUGCACUGUGACGCUCUUCCUUAAGUUUCGCUUUUCAUCAAGCUUGCCUGGACCGCGACUUCAACGACACUCUAUGCUUUGUUGUGCGACAGCGCAUGUCAUCACGAUGGUGCAAGUACUUCUGCUCCCACUGUUUUUACUCCUUGCAUCAUUAACAGGCGUGUGUCCCAGCAGCCUCGAAGAGCCAUAUGUCAAGGCAGGUGAGAUGGUGGCGCUGUACUGCCCUCAGGACAGUGGUUCCAGUCAUUCUGACGCCAAAGUGAUCUGGAUCAGUUACACCACCCAGGAGAGGAACCUGACCCACACGUCCCCAGCUGAGCAGAGGAAGAUGGGGUUGCUGGUGCAUGGGAGGAGCCUUGUGAUUCUCAAUGCUUCUCGAGACCAUCAGGGGAAUUACUCGUGCUCUCAGGGGAAUGCCAGCAAGCAGUUCUGGUUCAUGCUGAUCGUGUGCACAGCACAGUCCAGAGAGAACAACCAGAGGACCCGGUACCCUCAAAUAUGUUGCCAGGAAGAGGCCUGCACAUUGAAUUGUCCUGAGGUGAACGUACCUGCUGCAAGCAUUACAGAUAUUACCAGCAAAGGCAUCACAUGGCACAAGGAGGGAGAGUCCUCGCGAAGACAUGACCACUUCUCAAGCGUGGAAGAGAAGGACCAAGGAGAAUACACCUGUACCAGGUCAUACCUGUAUUAUGGGCAAAUAUACAGGAUGACCUUUACAUUGCUGCUUACAGUCAAACCAACUGAAAAAGAUAAAUCCUCAGUGAUCACCUCACCACCCAAAAGUGAUGUUUUCUAUGUAGAGUUGGGCACAACCGUGGUGAUUGAUUGCAAGGCUGAUAUCUAUUCAGACUUCGACGAGAUCUCCUGGUCAAGAGAUGAUUCAGGCGUGGAAAAGAACAACAGCUUUCCUGUUUUCUCCAACGACACACGGGAGAGUAAUGCUUCAGUAAUAAAAAUGACGGCGUCUCUAGUCUUCAGAAAAGUGUCAGAGAAGGAUUUAUCAAAAAAUUACACCUGUAAACUGGAAUCUGUAACUGGAUCUACAAGCUCUGUCACCAUCACUUUGGCCCAAAAACCCCGUCCUUCCUACGUUUCCCUGGCUCUCGGCACUGCUGCCGUUGUGGUGGUGAUGGUUUUGACAGUAGUUGUCUAUGUGAGGUUCAGAAUUAACAUCACUCUUUUCCUAAGAGACGGUCUUGGCUGCCAUAGAAGCACCUCAGAUGGAAAGAGCUACGACGCCUUUUUGAUGUGUUACGAGAGUUACACAGACAGAGGACUAAAUGAAGAUGACAGAAGGUGUCUGGAGAGUGGUUUGGAGGAGAGGUUUGGUUACAGAGUCUGUCUUUAUCAUCGCGACGUCCUACCGGGGCAAGCUGCAGCGGAGGCCGUGCUGGACUGUAUAGACCAGAGCCGGGCGGUGGUUUUGGUUCCCACCUCCUCCGACCCUGGUCCAGAAUCCGGCCUGCUCAGUGCCAUCCAUGCAGCCCUUGUGGAGCGGCAGGCUCGCUUGAUUUUCAUCCAAACGGAGAAAACAGAAGCGCAGGGCUCUGGCUCGUUGCCGGAGGCCUUGCACCUCCUCGGCGAGGCUGGAGAUUGUGUCACGUGGAAGAGCACGAGCUCCACGGCGCAUUCUUCCUCCUUCUGGAAGCAGCUGCGUUACUACCUCCCGGCCCCGCAGGAGGCAUCACCCAUAAAGCUUUUACCCUAGACAGUCUGGGAUGUAAUGUCUAACCAGAAUGAACAGCUUUUGUUUUUUCUGUUUUCAAGACAAGACGGUCAUAAAUCUUUUUUCAUUUUUUAAUUGGACUUUGGUGCCUUAAUAUGUAACGGUAACUCUUGCCUUGUUGAAUUGACCACCAGGAGUUUCCCUUUAGGUCUGACUGCUCAUGCAAAGACAUAUGAAGCCAUUAUGAAUGUAAUACAUGAAUGUAUAAACAUGUACAGUUUCGAUUCAUCAUUACGUCCGUGUACACUGUUACUACUCACAUAUCCAGUUGUUUGACUAAUGUUAUUUAAUGAAUGUUAAGGUAUUUCCUUACAUGGGCUCAUUAACUACCAUCCCUGAUAUAUGUACGAGGUAAUAACUGUAUUUUAGCUCUUUAUUAUGAGACAAGGAAGGUAAAAGGGCGGCCCCCUGUUAAGACCCAGGUUAAGGGGCGGAGCUUAUAAAGGGGGGUAGAAGCUCACCUGGGCAUUUCAUCCUGGUGAUUCACACACCUCAGACCAGCUGACUGUGAAAGGCCCGCUUCAUUUUACCUGCCUAUAAAUAGGAUUGUAACACUGAAUAUAUUUGAAACUAUUACAUUUUCCUGCUUGGUGUGGGGAAAUACCUCAAUCACCAGCUGGGGGAAGAGACCGCGAGUGCAGACAGGUAGACUCCCUAAAUGCAGGAAAUGUUUGCUAAAGUCUUCUUUUAAAUAAUAAUGUGUUUCUUUUGUUUGACACUGGGGACGACCACUGUUUUCCCCUGUUGGUAGGCCUUUUAAUAAGCCAGUUGCAUUGGGCCUUUUUAUGUUUCAUUUUCUUGUGGGGCUGAGUUGAAGGGAGUGACAGUGAUAGAGCAGCCAUAUUGCAUUUUUUUCGCUCAUUUGAGGAGUUCAUUUAAUAAAGUGUUUUCACCGUUUCACUAUAGUAGUCUCUACCUCCAAUUUUAUUCUGGCUCCUGUGCGUAGAAUAUCACAAAGUCACAAUUAUUAAACAUGUAUUGCUGUACCACUGUUUAUGUAAGUGUCUGUGCAAAACAUUAAAGUAGAUUUGAAUUUA